AAUAUUGGACGGAUUCCACAAAAUCUCGACGAAUUACGUAAUUGCUUGGAAAACAAAAAUUGGAAGCAAUUUUUGAAGAUGGAUGAAGCAGAUUCAUUCCUUGUACAGUUUGUCAUUAAAAAUAAUGCAACAAAAGCAGUAAUUUUUAUUGACAAAACUUUGUCAAAUUUGAUUACAAAUGUUAUUAAUGAAAAAUUAACCGUUUUUGUUGAUGGGACGUUUGCCACUGUACCUCAACUAAAAAAUACCAAUUGUCAAUUGUGGACAAUUGUCAUUAGACACGAUAAUAGAACAUUUCCAAUUGUAUAUGCCAUAAUGGAAGGACGCACUGUACAAAGUUACGUAAAUGUGUUAAAAAAAGUCACGAAUGUUCUGAAAAUAAUACCUGACACAGUAAUAUCUGACUUUGAAAAAACCGAACGAAAAGCUUUACACACAGUUUUCCCCAGCGCUACAAUCAUUGGCUGCUUCUUCCAUUAA